AAUGGCGGCCGUAACAAAAAGGGACGUGGCCAUGUUACCUUCAUGCGCUGCUCCAACUGCUCUCGAUGUGUGCCCAAAGACAAAGCCAUCAAGAGGUUCACCGUAAGAAACAUGGUCGAGAGUGCGGCAGUUAGGGAUAUCAGCGAGGCGUCGGUUUACUCAGGCGAGUCAACGAGAGAUCUUGUUUGUUCACCUGUAAAUCUGACUGGUUUUCACUCUACAGAAUACGCAGUUCCAAAAUUGUACAUCAAAAUCGCAUACUGUGUAUCGUGCGCCAUCCACUCACAUGUUGUCCGUGUGCGCUCACGUGAAGGACGUCGUAACCGUGCCCCUCCACCUCGAGUCCGCUGGAAGGAUGGUAAGAAGGUCAAUCCUGCUGUCGCUGCGGCAGAGGACGCAAAGGCUGCUGCAAAGGUUUAA